GCUGUGUAAAACUUCUAAGUCUCAUGGUGGAUGUGUCUACCAUAUGCUAGUUGUUGUCAUUUAUGCUCCUUUUGAUUCUUGAUUCACUUUGUAGUUAUUCUGCUUUUGAAGAAGUUCUCCCACAUGCUCCAACAUUGAUGACUGAUGUGUUUGGCAAUUAUGUUAUUCAAAAGUUUUUUGAUCAUGGAAGCCCUAAGCAAAGAAAAGAACUAGCAAAUCAGCUUGCUGGCCACAUUCAACCUUUGAGCCUUCAGAUGUAUGGGUGCUGGGUAAUUCAAAAGGGCCCUACACAAUUCAAUCUGGCUAAUCCACGCUUACACAUGUUGCCCUUUUUAAUGGACGAUGGACAACAUUCUUAUGAUCUCAGACUAGUUUGAGAUCUGUGACUAAGACUCACUAACACAACAUCGGCACCAUAUAUAGACCAAUGUUUCAAAAGUUGAACCAUAGGCCAACCCAUUUCAUAAGUAGGAAGAAAAUCAGGUGCAAUAGAAAUGCUUGUUUUGGUUGAUGGCAGGAAGAUGUGAACCUAAUGCUUGAGAAUUAGUUUGAGUUAAGAAACACUUUGUAAGAUGUCUCAUCUGGAGUGCAUCCCGUUUUUAGUUGUGUUUGGACUGAGCGUUGCGCCCAUGUGUUGGAAAUGUACGUGCUUGUAUUUUUAGAUCUUGUUUAAUUAAUAUUACUUCCAAAUCUGUAAAUAUACACGAGUGCAAAGAAUUCUAUGAUAUGCUUCAUGCAUUUGUCAAAUCAUUGUAGUUGUCUGAUCAGUGUGAUUUGGGCGCUAUGGUGUAUCCAUGAUUGGGUCCACAGAAUAAUCUGGGUCACCAUGUGCAAU